UGUGUGUGUGUGUGUGCGCGCUUGUGAUUUAAACCGGAUGCAGGGCAUCUGUGCUACUUCGGUUAGUGGCUACUGACAGCGCUUUAUCCUUCUUGUGGAGAUGGGAGGGGUAGUCCUGAGGUUCUGUUUCACUUUGAUGCACCUCCCUCCCCACAGGAGAGUGUUAACAAUUUUCAUUGUGGUUUAGACUUUGUCUGUGAUGAACAGGAAAAGGACAUAAGGAAGCUUUGUGAGAACUCAGUUCACAACGCUAUUUGUGACAGUUAUGGUACUUUGAGAGUUUUUUUUUUUUUUUCUCCCAUCUUCAUCUCUUCCUUUCCCUUGGAGAGUUGAAAUUGAAGUCAAGUUGUUCAUAAAGAAUGUAUGAAGCUUCUCAACUUGAAACAGAUUUUUAUCAGAGGAAUGUAGACUGGAAUCUGCAAUGGUUCUCAAAAUCCCAAAGUGAGACCAUCAUGCAGACUUCAGAGACGGGUUCAGACACAGGUUCGACAGUGACUCUACAGACAUCUGUGGCUAGCCAAGCAGCAGUGCCUACACAAGUGGUACAGCAGGUGCCAGUCCAGCAGCAGGUGCAGCAGGUGCAGACAGUUCAGCAGGUCCAACAUGUCUACCCAGCUCAGGUGCAGUAUGUGGAAGGAAGUGAUACUGUCUAUACCAAUGGAGCAAUCCGAACAACAACGUACCCCUACACGGAGACGCAGAUGUAUAGCCAAAACACUGGAGGGAACUACUUUGACACUCAAGGAAGCUCUGCACAGGUGACGACGGUGGUGUCCUCCCACAGUAUGGUGGGUACUGGUGGUAUCCAGAUGGGCGUCACAGGAGGACAACUCAUCAGCAGCUCGGGAGGAACCUAUCUGAUUGGCAAUUCGAUGGAGAAUUCUGGUCAUUCAGUGACACACACAACUCGGGCCUCCCCAGCGACAAUUGAGAUGGCGAUUGAGACGCUGCAAAAGUCUGACGGUCUGUCCACUCACAGGAGCUCUCUCCUCAACAGCCAUCUCCAGUGGCUGUUGGACAAUUACGAGACAGCAGAAGGAGUGAGCCUUCCAAGGAGCACCCUGUAUAACCACUAUCUUCGACACUGUCAGGAGCACAAGCUGGACCCAGUCAACGCUGCCUCUUUCGGAAAACUAAUAAGGUCCAUUUUUAUGGGGCUACGAACUAGGAGAUUAGGCACUAGAGGAAACUCCAAGUACCAUUACUAUGGGAUCCGGGUGAAGCCAGAUUCUCCUCUUAACCGUCUACAAGAAGAUAUGCAGUACAUGGCUAUGAGGCAACAGCCCAUGCAACAGAAGCAAAGGUACAAGCCUAUGCAGAAAGUGGAUGGGGUUGCAGAUGGUUUCACAGGAAGUGGCCAACAGACAGGCACAUCUGUUGAGCAAACUGUAAUUGCCCAAAGUCAACAUCAUCAGCAGUUUUUAGAUGCAUCUCGAGCACUUCCAGAGUUUGGAGAAGUUGAAAUCUCUUCUUUGCCAGAUGGUACUACCUUUGAGGAUAUCAAGUCACUGCAGAGUCUUUAUCGAGAGCACUGUGAGGCAAUAUUGGACGUUGUUGUGAAUCUUCAGUUUAGCCUGAUAGAAAAGCUGUGGCAAACAUUCUGGCGCUAUUCUCCCUCUACUCCAACCGACGGCACUACCAUUACGGAAUCAAGCAAUCUGAGUGAAAUAGAAAGUCGACUUCCGAAAGCAAAGCUGAUAACUCUGUGCAAACAUGAGUCUAUCCUGAAAUGGAUGUGUAACUGUGACCAUGGGAUGUACCAGGCUUUGGUGGAGAUUCUCAUCCCCGACGUCCUUAGACCCAUUCCUAGUGCCUUGACCCAAGCCAUUCGAAAUUUUGCAAAAAGCCUAGAAGGUUGGCUUUCAAAUGCCAUGAACAAUAUUCCACAGAGAAUGAUUCAAACCAAGGUUGCCGCUGUAAGUGCCUUUGCCCAGACUCUGCGAAGAUACACAUCGCUCAAUCACCUGGCCCAGGCAGCCCGCGCAGUGCUUCAGAACACUUCCCAGAUCAACCAGAUGCUCAGUGACCUCAACCGCGUUGACUUUGCCAAUGUCCAGGAGCAGGCUUCCUGGGUGUGCCAGUGUGAUGACAACAUGGUUCAGAGACUAGAAACAGACUUCAAGAUGACCCUGCAGCAGCAGAGCACUCUGGAGCAGUGGGCUGCUUGGCUAGACAAUGUGAUGAUGCAGGCGCUGAAGCCCUAUGAAGGAAGGCCCAGCUUCCCUAAAGCCGCCCGGCAGUUUCUGCUCAAGUGGUCUUUCUACAGCUCAAUGGUUAUCCGGGACUUGACUUUACGCAGUGCUGCUAGCUUCGGCUCCUUUCACCUGAUCCGGCUACUCUAUGAUGAGUACAUGUUCUACUUAGUAGAGCACCGUGUUGCUCAAGUGACAGGAGAGACGCCGAUAGCAGUGAUGGGCGAGUUUGGUGAUUUAAAUGCUGUGUCUCCCGGAAAUCUGGAUAAAGAUGAAGGCAGCGAAGUAGAAAGUGAGAUGGAUGAAGACCUGGAUGAUUCUUCAGAGCCUCAGGCCAAAAGAGAGAAAACAGAGCUGAGCCAGGCAUUCCCAGUAGGCUGCAUGCAGCCUGUCCUGGAGAGUGGUGUGCAACCCAGCCUCCUGAACCCCCUCCACAGCGAGCACAUCGUCACGAGUCCACAGACCAUCAGGCAGUGCAGCGCCACGGGCAACACCUACACUGCGGUCUAACAGCAGGAAAGUCGAUUCCCCAGCUUACUUUAACCCCAUCCAUACUGGGCUCAAGCUGAGGUUUGAACAAGCCUGAAGGUUGACUGUUGUCAAAAGUCUGUCUGUGCUGAACAUUACCUUUUUGGAGUUGUGAAAUGGAAUGGGUGUAUGUAUUUUUCCAGGUCGUUUUUUUAACACAAAUUAUUUGCCUUUUAAUAAUAGAGUCCCCCCUUAGUUUCAGCUGUCAAGAAGGAUUUUUACAACACUUAAUGUCAUUGUUUUUGUUUUCUCAUAAUUAAAAAGUAAUUUACAUUUUGUAGCUUAAAAUAUUUUAUUGUUGAUUGUUAGUCUUGGUGUAUGAUUUUAUGUGUAAGUUUUUUAAUUAGAUGCACUUCUGUGAAAUAUCAAAAGAAAUGAAUUUCUUUGAUUUACACUGGAGGCAUGCCCAUUUGGCAGCAGAUGCAUCAAAUUUGCUUCUGAAAGGUGCUUUUCAUUGGACAGAACCAUAAAACACUAUUUUGCUAACAUUUUGGAGUAUGGAGAGAAUACAGAGCGUUUUUAUUAUAGUGGUAGAGGGUUGGAAAGGUCAUCUAUUUUUCUCUGAAAAAAAAAUUGAGCUGUGCAUUUAUCAGUCCAGGGUAAAUGACAGAAUUGAAAGAGAUUAUGCUAAUAUGUACAUAAUUUGUGUACAUAAUUAUUAAACCUUGUUAACAAUGCAAGCUUCCGUUAGACAUUGACUUUAACUAUGAUUUGUGUACCAAUUCCUCUGUUUAAAGACUACUGAUUCUGUAUUGGAACCACUGCACAGAUGCAUUCCGCUGUUAAGUGGGGCUGUUAUAGUUAGAUACUGCAGCUGAAGAAAUGACUUGACUUUUUUUUUAAGUGUACAUGCUACUUAUACUGAGCUGGACAUACAGGAAACCAUUCCAUUUGGAUGACUUUCUUUUAUUCCAGGUCUUUUUUUUCUAAUAGUAGUUCAAUAUGCUGCUAUUAUAAAAGAAAAUGUAUAGAAUGCAAGGAAUGUAGCGACCUGCAUAUUGUUAUUUCCUGGUUUCUAAGAUACAUGGAUUUAAAUUUUACACAGAACCUGAAGUCAGUGUGACUGGCACACCUCCCUGUUGCUCCCCGAUUCUGUAGGAUUUGGAUAGGUGGCUGGAUGGACCAUUGCCAUUGAAGAACGCACAUCAGGGAUCAUCGUACCUCGGCUAUUACAUGGUGCCUUAAACAGAACUGAGCUAAGGUUUAGUAAGGUUUAUUUUGUUCGUGUGAGUAACUCUUGAAUCCAUUUGGUAAAGUGUGCCUGUCAUGCUCAGAUUCUUGAAGUAAAGACAGGUCACAUGUUCUUCAAGGGGAAUUUAGGGGGAAAUUAAGCAAAACAAAGAGACAAAAACUUCAGUUUCUCUCCGAGGGACUGUGAGUGGACUUGUCUAUGUUUUAUCCUUUGAGCUGAAUAUCACUUGAUUGCAAAUCAGAUUGCUAAGGGUGUGGACUAGCAGUUUUCAUACAAACAUGUUACAUAAAGAUCAUGUGUUGUAGACCAUUAUUAUCUAGUUACAAUUCUAGAAAGCUAACAGAAUAAGCAGGUACUUAUUGAAGUGCAUCUUUUCAGUCUAAAUGUCUGUCUGUGUGUCUGGGUGUCUCUGUGUACACACACACACACACACACACACACACACAUGCACAUGCACACACGCACAUGCACACACACAUAUGGAACUGGAGUCUGCUACAGUCACAAGGUGAGAUCCUAAAGAAUACAGGCUCAUCCCAUUUUAUUUUGCAUGAAAAGCCAAGGUUCUUUUAACUCAAACUAUCAACAACAGCAACAAAAAUAGGGCAUAUCUUUCAUUUACCUAACUAUAAAAUUAAAUCAGUGAAAGUCAACAAAGAACUAAAUAAAGCCAAAAAUGGAAAGGAAAGCACAAAAUGAUAGAUCACUACUGAGGUCGACAUUAAACUGAAGACUUCAUGUUUCCAGUUGGGCUGGGUGAGGGGUAUAGUUGACAAGAAGCUGUGCCAAUCUGGAAAGUAAAAAACACCAAAUGGCUUAUCAGGAAAUACAGUCUAUUGAAACUGUUAUUGCCUGAUUGUCUCAAACUUCUGAAAAUCAACAUUUCUUAAGGGAAAUUUAAAUGUCUUACAUAUAAUUUUUAAUGGAUUCAGAUUUCGUAUCAAGCAACUUACUCACACACGUCUUCACUGAUGUCCAAGCAUCUCUUCAUGACUGAAGAUCCCAAGGCAAUGAACCGGCAAGCCCCUCCCCUCCAUCACCCAUCAUAAGCUACAGAAGACCACGGACCUACUUCAUUGUGAGUUAGAAAAUGUUUACACAUAAAAUUCUAAUCAUAACCUAGCUCUCUUCAUCUCGACUCUCCUUCCUGAGGUCUUUUAGUUUCCUGUCUCUGCCUGUCAUCCCCAGAUGACAUUAUGUCUGUGUUGGAUCAGUUGUAUUUGCUGUUUUCACUGUGUUUAUUGGUCGACCUUUUAAAUGUAUUUGUAUCAUUGUUUCAUUUAAUUUAAUGUUGGAGAUAUUUGUACCAUGAGAGGAAUCAGCUAACAAUGGACAGACAUAGAUUCAUGAGAGGGAGGGACUGAGUGGCCCUCCAGAAUUCAAGAUUUCUUCCAUUCGUCCAUGGUUUGUUCUAAAUUAGGACAGAGUAAAAACUAAUAAAUAUUAUUACGGUUGAAAUUGACUCCAAAAUAUUCUGAAAUCUUUUAGACAUAUUUAGGAACAUUAAUCCUUUUACACUAGUGUAGAUAAUUCUAACCAAUACACACAAAAUACCCAUGGCUUAUGAUACUUCUAGUUAUUUGUAGUAUAUAGAACACACAUCAAUCUUGGAUUUGAAUUAUGAACUAUAUUAAAAAACAAAAAACGGUAAUUUGUAUGCAGGCAAAAUUUAUAACAAUUACAUUUGUUUUCGUCAUUUAACAUCUUGUUUCUAUUUUCCCAUUUAUUGAAACUGGCUUUUCUAAAUAAUAUCAACCACUAACAGUCUCAUAGUGGGCUUAUGACAUAAUACACUUUUUAAGGACUUGCUGGCAUUUCUUGGCAUUAUAAUCAAGUGCUAGUCUUGAAAUGCAUGUAUGUGAACCAAGUGCUACACUCCUAGUGAGGAAAAGGAGAGGGAGGUGCGUGAGUUAUUGGUACGUUUCAGAAGAGAUUUCCAUGUAAUACAAUUGAUAUCAUAGAUAUAGUUUUAUAUCAGCAAAUACUUUGAGAAUUAUAGCCAAAAGAUCUACGCUUCCAAAACCAGUGGACAAUGGGUAGGAUGGAUGAGACUUCUCCUGGGAACACAGGGCCCAGUUUUUAUUUUCCCCUUUGGAUACCAAGUUAUUAAGAACUUCAGGACUUGCGUCCACAUCUUGACUGUAUGACUCUUACUGCCUUUUCCAAAAUCUGCGUUCCUUUUUGUGACUUUUUUCCUUGUACUGUAUAGCACGGUUCAUGCACCUCUCUUUAGAUGGUGUACUUUAAAAACAGAAGUAAAAUACACAAAUGGUUUUCUCGCUGCAUACCUAAAAUUCGUAGUGUGCGACAUUAACUGCCUUUGAUUUGUAGCGGACGAGCAAGAAUGAGCACUUUCUUGCAGAAUGCUGUAGACGUCAAUCAGGAGUGGUCACAGCUCCCAUGCUGUGAUCCUGGGCCUUUUUCCAUGGACACACUCUCUACAAGUGCUAAAUGCAUUUUCAGUUUUUGAAAGAUUAUUAUCACAUUAUUAUUAUCAUUAAUAUUAUUUGAAAUGUCUAAGAUAAUGCUGUGCUUGAAACAUCUGUGUAAAAGAAAAUACGUGUGUCACUGUGAUGGUCCUCGUUGCAUGGACAUAGUAGAAAAGUCAAAAGCUUGACGUGUACACGAGGUAAGGCAGUGGUUAUAUACAACAGAUUGACUUUGCUAUAACCUUCCCUCCCCAAAUUCUUUUGAGCAAACCACGACCAUCCAGAAACUAAAAUCAGAAUUUUUCUGAUCUCUGUGGAUCACAGCAGAGUUUGGGGGAGGAGGGUUGUCGUGCAGUGUUGUUCGACAUCAAGCUGUGACUGGAUCAGAGCAACCACCUCCAUGUACAUGGUAGAGCAAGCUCAGUAACAGAACCCUAGUAUUUCUGUGAUUCCGGUGAUGUUAAAGAUGGGGCUGAAGCACUAAUUCAGUGCUUAGUUCUAAUACUAGAAAAGCCCUUUGCUGUAAUGCCUUGUAUUAACCCUUUGAGCAUUGUAAGAUAUACAAUGGGGGAUGAAAGCCUUUCAGAUCAUUUAUUUAGACUUAAAAAGUAAAAUAGCCUCUAUAUCCAAAUGUCUAAUUACACUGUUUUUUAAAGGGGGGGUCAGAAAAGAAAGUGUCUCCAUGCCGAACACUUGCAUUUUAUAUACAACUCUUAAUUUUCCUUCAAGAGGGCUGGAUAUGUUUAUUCCCAAAUAUUCACUGCCAUCUAAGUAAGUGUACUGUUUACAGAAGACAAAAUCAACUUUUCUAGCAUCACAUGACUCUCUAGAAAAGGAGGACGCGUGCAUGGGCCUGUGCUGGUCUAUGCUGUAACUGAUUUCUGCACACUGGAGGUACCUGCUAGCCUUUAACAGGUAUGGUAAAAUAAAGGGUUACAUUUUGUCUUUUUUCCCAAAACAAAAGAUCUCAUUUAUUUAGCUUUAGAAAGUACAAAUGAAGCCUUAGGACGGUGAGUUCCACUAAACACAGCUGAAUGCUGAGGUACUUAGGCUCUUUGGAGUUCCAUCUGUCAUGAAAUAGUGCUUGGAAAUCACGCAGGGCAUAAUUUUACCUGUGCUCUAAAACAUUAAUACUUUUGUCAUAAGACAUAGAGAGGCAGAGAGGCAGACAGACAUUAACCUGCUCCGAACUCUUCUGCCAGGAGAUGCUGGGACUGCUGCUUCAGCUGUCUCUGAAUGCCAUUCUGCUUACAACAUUUGUUGAUUUCUUUAGGGAAUUUCCGGACAGUUGAUCUGGUCCUCCCCUAUGUGACAGAACACGGGGCAGUGUUGUGCUCCCAUGUGCCCACGCUGCCCUCGCUAAGCACAGACAGGAGUGUGACCUAUUCCGAUGUCUGCCGACAUCCAUAGCAUAGUGCAAGUGUCCGUACGUUGCUUUUUAGGCAGUUGAGGAAGUCAGACCAUGCAAAUUAAUCAUGUGUUAACAUGCAAUACUCAAAGGGUUUUACUUUAGCUCUCUUCUUUUGACUCUUCAUGAUGAUUUACUGUAAAUGCUUCUCAGUUUGCAUGCCUUGCCCAUUGCUGCUAGUGAUUUUAUGUGCCAGUAGACCUGAGUUUAGUUUACCAAUUUUACUUAAAUAGUAAAAGCCACUUACAAAGUGACUGCCUAGGGUUGAUUCUCCUUUUGUUUAAAGGGAUUGGUAAUACGUCGUUUUUAAAAGAAAUAUUUGGUCUCUUUUAUUUGGUCCUAAUAUUUGAAUCUUUUGCCCCUCCUUCCUUAGUUCUCUUUCUUUCUUUUUAGUAAAAUAUGAUGUUGGGAUUGGAAGCCCUGAGUAAUGAAGUAUUUGGUAAGAAUCAUUUAUGUAGCUCAACAAUCAUGACAACAGACCUCUGUGAGAAGGUUGGUUCUGGGGAGGAAAGCAAAAAUAAAACUGAUUGACUUUUGAUGACCAAGUAAAUUUUCCUUGAGUAAAUUAACAUUUCUGAACAAACGAUGCCUUGCUUUAGCCUACACACACAAUUUUAUAUGACCCAACGAGAAAAGUGUUAAAUUGUAUUCGUUUGAAAAGCAUCUUUUGUACCAAAGCAAAUUCUUUUCUCUGCUCAUCUCCAUCAUCGAUUUGGACCUAUGGUGGCGACCAGUGAGUUGGUUCCAGAAACUUGAGUGAGUGCCUUGAGAACGCUUGGGAACUGUGCCUGAGGUAAACUUUUAAUUAGGUUAAUUGUAGCGCUUACCAAUCAGUGACACACUAUCACUCAGGGCUUUCGCACCUUCUCGGUGAAACUCCUUUCAUUGUGGGUUGUUUUUUUUUAAUACUGUAUUUUUUUUUAAGUGCCAUCAUUUGAAAUUCACUUAGUAAGUGGCAGAUUACAUUAUUCAGUCCCACAAGCACACAAACAUAGUAACACUAGGAGAUAUUUGAGCAUUUAUUUUACAAUCGACUGAAUAUAUAAUGUAAAUGCGGUAAGCAACUUUUGUAGAGAUUGUAUGUGUGAGAUAAUGUAAUGUUCUUUUCCAGUUUUUGGACUACAGUUGAAUAAACUUUUUAAUUAUUUAAAAACAUCUUUACCGAAUAACAUGUGAUGGUUUUUUUGUAUAAUGUAUUUGAUUUUGUAAAUACGUAUUUCCUGAUGUGAUUUUUGUGAGAAACGCUAAAUCUUUUAGUAUACCAUGUCCUCUGAAGAUUGGCAGGAGCUAAAUACUAGUUUGUGGGCAAUUUGUAUUGUGUACUGUACAAUAACUGGGGAACUUUUAUAAUUAUAAAAAUAUAUAUUAACUUUUAGUGUGUUGUUUAAACAAAUGACUGGAACAUACUAAAGAUAUUAGUAGGAUUUUUUCUGAAUAUUUCAGACUUGAACUCAGGCUAGCUUUCUUGUGUUUUUCAAAACAAAAAUGGUGUCUUGUCUUUUAAAAAUCAAUAAAUUUGUUUCCUUGUUACAAACAUU